AUGCAUCUAGUGCCUUCCUUCUGUGGUAAUGGUGUUGUUGAAAAAGAUGAGGUCUGUGACGCUGGUAUUUAUGGAGUUAUUAAUAAAGACAAAUGCUGCACAUUUGACUGCAAGCUGAGGAAACAUGCAUUUUGUAGUGAUAAGAACAAAGACUGCUGCCAGAACUGUUCCAUGGCUGCAGUAAACACACAGUGCUCGCCCAGCAAUGUUGCCGAGUGUAAGGCAGCAAGCUAUUGUAC